AUGGAAAAUUGUAAAGUUAAUCUAAUUGGAAAUUCAACGGAUGUUGAACUGAUCACUUCUCUCGAAGAUUAUAAAGAACCGGUGCGUAGAGUGCGUCCAGAUGCAUGUAGAAAGUCUAUACAAGCAAGAAGAUGUGUUCAACAUUUGAAAAGAUUGAAAACGCGUUCAAGUAAACUUCAGUACAAUUCAACUAUUCAAGAUAACCAAUAUCAACUAUCAUACGAACUGUUUAAUUCAAUGCAAGAUCUAGGUUCAAUCUCCUUAACUUUAAAUAAUAAUAAUAAUAAUAAUAAUAAUAAUAAUAAUAAUAAUAAUAAUAAUAAUAAUGCUAGUAACUGUCCACAACUUCCUCAACGAAAAAACAUUCUUUCAUAUAGAGAUUACUUAGCCUUACCAAUUGAAAUACGUUAUCCAUACAAUUACGUCAGUGAUUUAUUUGAAGAUGCUCAUCCUGAAAAUGCUGACAGCAAUCGGAAUAAUAAUAAUUAUGAAGAACCCGAUGUUUUCCGGUUCAAUCAUGACGAUGUAGUUUGUGAGGGAGAUCACUAUUUAUUUAACUGUGAACUCAGUGAAUAUUUAGCUGAUGGAGUAUUGGGGAUUUACAAGCUGGAAAAUGAAUUUAUCCCUGCUAAUUUGAGUGCCCGAGAGAAAGAGGUGGCAGAAAUUUUCAAAAAGGAUCCCUAUCCCAAUUUGGUCAUAUGGUCUCUAAGAGAGAUUUUCGAAGAACACGGAGUUCAUAAAUGGAAUCAAACUUACGAUCGAGAUCACAAAACAUUUAAAUAUAGAUAUGGACCAUUGACUCAAAAUGAUUCUGGACUUUAUUAUUGUCGUUUUAUUAUUCCUGGUGAAUAUUCGACUUUAAUGUCGACUUACAUGAAACUUGAAGUUAAUAUGAAGUGUCCUAAACCAUUAAUCAACUGGAUUGUUCGAUUACUCCCAUAUUUCCUAUUGUUCGUCUUUAUCUCAUUGAUUCUUCAACUGGUUUGGCUAUGGAGACGAAAAUCUGAAAUUAUUACAUAUAAGUUGAUAAGUAUUGGACGUUCUAUAGAGUACUAUGAGUUUACUACAGGUGAUGCACAAGUAUCAAAUAACAAUAAUUCGGAUAAUAAUUCAUUUGAAAAUACUACAAGUUUAAUGUUAGACCCGAUUAAUAAACCUGUGAUUAAUAUAAACACUAUUGUCACCCGUCGUCCACCGAAAUUUAUAAAUAAAAUUAAAGAACGAUAUACUACUAAUCGUUACGUAACUUCACCAAGUCAACAACAAUUUUAUAAUAGGUUCACACAUGAAGAAGAUAUACAACGUUUAAAAGAAUUAGAUAAACUAUUCUUAUCCAAUUAUCAACUCGAAAAAGAUGAACAUUAUGAGUUCUCACGUAAAAAUCUUCAAUUAACAUGUCGAUUAGGUUCAGGUGCUUUUGGUAUUGUUUAUAGAGGUGUUGCAGAAAAUUUACCAAAUUGUGUUAACCCUAAUGAGAAAAUCGAUGUUGCUGUUAAAACUUUAAAAGAUGAUUUCACAGAAGAACAUGUGUCUGAAUUCUUGAUGGAAGUGAAUAUUAUGAAACAGUUGCGUCAUAAGCAUAUCAUUGAGUUGUAUGGAGUUUGUACGGAAAAUGGCUCACCACUUUUAAUAAUGGAAUAUGCUCCUUACGGGAAUCUUAAAGAGUAUCUACGUCGUCAUCGGGAAUUUUGGUUGAGUUGUGACAAUUUAUCUUCGAAACUCUUAAAUUUUGGAUGUCAGGUUGCUAGUGGUAUGAAAUAUCUGGAGUCAAAGCGUCUUAUUCAUCGUGAUUUAGCUGCUCGUAAUAUUUUGGUUGGUAAACAUUAUCAAUUAAAAAUUGCUGACUUUGGACUUACAAGAUUUGCUGAGAAUUAUUAUCGUAAAGUGAAAAAUGGUCGUGUUCCUUUAAAGUGGUUAGCUCCGGAAUCUCUAGGUGAUAAAAUCUAUACAAUUAAGUCGGACGUCUGGUCAUUUGGUAUACUAUUGUGGGAGAUAUUCACCCUUGGCUCAUCACCAUAUCCAAAUAUUAAUGUAACAGGAAUUAUACAUUCAAUUCAAUCAGGUGUACGUAAUGAAAAACCAUUAUUAGCAUCAAAUACAAUUUAUCAAAUUAUGUGUAACUGUUGGCAGUUUGAUCCAAAAGAACGAUUAUCAUUUUCAGAAUUAGUGAAUUUAUUAGAAUUACAAAUCAAUGAACAUGAUGAUCGUACUGAAAUUAGUGAAACAACUUCAGGAAUAUCAACAUAUCAUGAUGAUGAUAAUCAUAAUAAUUAUAACAGUGAUUUAUUAAUAAAUAAUAAUGAUAAAAAUAAUAAAUUAGAUAUAGACAUUAGUAUUACGACUAAUGGAUAUGGUAGUUUUGAUUUCUCUGACGAUGAUCAACAGAGUGAUGAAUAUGUUCAUCAUCCUAUUUUGUCAACAGCAUUUACUUCAGUUUACUGUGAAAUGAGAGCCUAA